AAGUCACACCCACCGUGAUAUUACACACUCUUGAGGUAAUAGUAACUGCAUAUCGUGCCAAACAUAGCGAGAUGUUGCUGUAUAUCCUGCUGUCCGCCUGUGUUGGCACUGUGCACCUGUAUUCUCAUGGAGUAGUCACUAGUGCUUGUUCAUCUAUGUCACCAAAUCAUGAUGGAGCCUCUGCUCAGACCAGCAGUCCUCCGUACACGGUUACCGCCGUGCCGACCAGCUUCAAGGAGGGCGAUGAAAUCACAGUAACACUACGUGCAGUAUCAGGAGAUUUUGAAGGCUUCAUGUUACAAGCACGUAGAGUGGAAACGAGCAUACCGAUCGGCACCUUCACUGUGACAAACACUGCAGAAGCACAAGGACUCAACUGCUCUGAAGUGGCUAAUAGUGCAGUUUCUCACAAAUCAGACAGUGAAAAAACUGAAAUUAUAGUUAAAUGGAAGGCCCCUACAUCUGGACCGCUCAGCAAUGUAGAGUUCCGUGCAACAUUUGUUAAAAAUAAAGCAACUUUUUGGGAAGGUGUGAAGAGCUCUGCGAUAACAUACACGGGCACAUCGACACCUGUUACUGCAGCCCCGACUGGACCUACAUCAAAUUCUGGUUGUGGGAAAAGCAAAGUCUGUUUCAGUCAGCCUGACAACUGCGACCCAACUACCAACACUGCCUGUCACUUUGUGUCGGUUCAGUCAUCCAGCCAGUCAGAAAUGCAGGUGCAAAUAGUCGGCCCGGGUAGCGGAUAUGUCGCAAUUGGGUUCUCCGAUGACAAAUCAAUGGGCAAUGAUGACAUCUAUAUAUGUGGUAAAGACAAGGAUGGCGUUCCCCAAGUGCAACGUGCAUUUUCCACCGGAAGAAGUGCUCCCAAUAUUCUCUCACUGGGGAAUGUCACUGAUAUCAAGACAUCGAUUACAAAUGGAGUGUUGAAUUGCUCUUUUACAUCUCGUAACGUCAUUAGCACAGCAAGCAGAGCGUCUGGCAGCCAGUACUACCUUAUGAUCGCUUCUGGACCCAGCAGUCAAGGUAGCAUCCAGGAACACACAAAGACAUUCGUCACCCAAGCCAAAGCUGAUUUAGUAAAUACGACAGUGAUCGGCAGUGAAUCAACACCGGUUACUGCAGCCCCGACCGGACCUACAUCAAAUUCUGGGUGUGGGAAAAGCAAAGUCUGUUUCAGUCAGCCUAACAACUGCGACCCAACUACCAACACUGCCUGUCACUUUGUGUCGGUUCAGUCAUCCAGCCAGUCAGAAAUGCAGGUGCAAAUAGUCGGCCCGGGUAGCGGAUAUGUCGCAAUUGGGUUCUCCGAUGACCAAUCAAUGGGCAAUGAUGACAUCUAUAUAUGUGGUAAAGACAAGGAUGGCGUUCCCCAAGUGCAACGUGCAUUUUCCACCGGAAGAAGUGCUCCCAAUAUUCUCUCACUGGGGAAUGUCACUGAUAUCAAGACAUCGAUUACAAAUGGAGUGUUGAAUUGCUCUUUUACGUCUCGUAACGUCAUUAGCACGGCAAGCAGAGCGUCUGGCAGCCAGUACUACCUUAUGAUCGCGUCUGGACCCGCCAGUCAAGGUAGCAUCCAGCAACACACCAAGACAUUCGUCACCCAAGCCAAAGCUAAUUUAGUAAAUACGACAGUGAUUGGCAGUGAAUCAACACCGGUUACAGCAGCCCCGACCGGACCUACAUCAAAUUCUGGGUGUGGGAAAAGCAAAGUCUGUUUCAGUCAGCCUGACAACUGCGACCCAACUACCAACACUGCCUGUCACUUUGUGUCGGUUCAGUCAUCCAGCCAGUCAGAAAUGCAGGUGCAAAUAGUCGGCCCGGGUAGCGGAUAUGUCGCGAUUGGGUUCUCCGAUGACCAAGCAAUGGGCAAUGAUGACAUCUAUAUAUGUGGUAAAGACAAGGAUGGCGUUCCCCAAGUGCAACAUGCAUUUUCCACCGGAAGAAAGGCUCCCAAUAUUGUCUCACUGGGGAAUAUCUCUGAUAUCAAGACAGCGAUUACAAAUGGAGUGUUCAAUUGCUCUUUUACGUCUCGUAACGUCAUCAGCACGGCAAGUAGAGCAGCGUCUGGCAGCCAGUACUACCUUAUGAUCGCGUCUGGACCCAGCAGUCAAGGUAGCAUCCUGGAACACACAAAAACAUUCGUCACCCAAGACAAAGCUGAUUUAUUAAAUCCAACAGUGAUCGGCAGUGAAGCUGAAGCAUAUCCGGCUAUUGUUAAAGCCCACGGUGCCCUGAUGCUGAUCGCCUGGAUGACCACAGGCAGUGUGGGUAUGCUCAUAGCGCGCUAUUUAAAGGCAGUCGGCAAAGGAAGAGGAUGUUGUGGUAAAGAUUUCUGGUUUUUGGCUCACGUGACUUUGAUGUCCCUGUCGAUUAUUGCCACAGCUAUUGCUUUUAUAAUCGUAUUUUCUUAUGCCCAAGAUUGGGCUGGGGGAGCUCAUCCGGUCCUGGGCUGUUUGGUGAUGAUUCUCUCUUUAAUUCAGCCUUUGGUGGCAGCUUUACGCUGUGAUCCCCAACACGAACAGAGAUUCAUCUUCAACUGGGCUCAUUCAUUCAACGCUCUGGCUAUCAAAGGUCUCGCAGUGGCAGCGAUCUUCACUGGUCUGGCACUUAUUGGAGACACACAGGGGUGGAUGCUGGGGGUUAUGGGAGGUUUUGUGGCAUGGGAGGCUCUGUUGUACAUCCUUCAAGAUUUGCACAUGCGCGCCAGGAAAAAAGAUUCUACCAUUUGCUCUUUUGGAAUGAUCAACACUGAAGUGAUCCUGCUUGUCGUGUAUAUUUUGGGAAACCUGGCCUUCUUGAUAGCACUUCUUGUUGGAAUCGGCAGAGCUUAAGAAAACUCAACAUGUCACAAACAACCUCGCUGGAUUAAAGCUAUUUUUGCUUUUUUAUUGUAUUUUUAUGAACAUUAUUAUGAACACAAGCUAUUUGUUGAUUUUCAUCUAAGCCUAAAACGUGUCAAUUUCUAUAGGUCAGUAUAAUAUUAACCAUUUGCAUGAUGCUUAUGUUUUUUAUUUUAUCAUUUGUCUGGGUUGAUACCAAUUAGUGAUUUUCUGUCAUCAGUGUGCUUUUGAGGAAGGGAAUGAAGUUUGUGUUGUUUUUGGAUGCCGUCUCUGCAAUGACUGCACUGAACUGAUAUGCUCUUUGAUAUGACGUACAAUAAUGAACAUUAAGAGACCAGUCAGGAAAUAAGUUCCCACAUUUAUUUUUUUAAGUUUGCUAAUUAUUUUGGUUUAGAGAGUGAGAAUUGAACUUAUGUAUUAACUUAUUAAUAGUAAUUGCAUCCAAUAUUUUUAUACAUACACUACCAAUACACUGCCAAUAUUGUUGUAUAAUGGAAAGCACUUUUUGUCAAAAGACUUGCAUCAGAAGAAGUCAUUGUUAUUUAAAAGGUUUUUAAUGUGAUCAAGUGUGACAAAACCAUAAAAGUAUAAUAAAAGAUGUUUUUGCUGGGUUAUUUUCAACCCAGUGUUGGGUCAUUUUUUUUAAAUUACCAAGAAAAUGUUUAUAUAUGACUCAACAAAGGUUUAAAACAACCCAGCAUAUCUUUAAUUCCAACCCAACAGGUUGGGGUUGUCACUCAUUGAAAAUAACCCAGCAUUUUUCUAUUAGGGUUUCUUAACAUUUUUACUGUAUUUUUUCAAACUGUGGUUUUGAGAAAUAAUCAAGAACUCAUAAACGGAUGUUUAUUUUUACAUGCUAUGAAAAAAUAAACUGAAAGUAUUUGUUUA